GAGGAGGGGGUGGUCUGAAUCUCUCUAAUGAACAACAGUUCCAUCUGUGAGAGAGAGAAAGAGAGAGAGGGAGGGAGGAAGGAAAGAAAAAAACACCAUCACAAGGGACUGAUAAAGACAAGAAGAGCAGGCACUCCCAAACAAAGGAGCAAGUCAAUGCUCGCAAUCAGAAGCUGCUGCAGGCACAACCAAUUCCAUCCUUACCCUCCAGCUGGGCUGCACUGUGGCCAAGUAUCCCAGCACUAAGGGGCUGAGAUUAGAAUUCCGAGCUGGAGUUGAUUUCGAUCCAGUUUGGAUCUGCUAACAGCCAUGAAUUCUUCGCUGAUGACCCGAGGAGCCAGCGAUGUUCUGGAAGAACUUCAGCUGCUCACAGCUCAGAACCUGGAGAGGUUGGAGGUGAAUAAAUACUACGAGGUGAUUCGAGAGCUGGGGAAAGGCACCUAUGGUAAGGUUGACCUGGUUAUCCAUAAGGUCAGAGUCUCCAUUAAAAUUUUUCUCUCUGACCAAGCGUCUGUUCAUGUGUCUCACUAUCCUUUUGUUGGUUCAAUAUUUCUUGUGUUUCUUGUUCCCUGUAAGGUCGGCCUUCCUGAACAGAUUGCCAAGCGCUGCGUGCACCAAGUUGCCUUAGCACUGGACUAUCUGCACAGCAGGAAGCUGGUACACCGCGAUAUCAAACCAGAGAACAUCCUCAUCUUUGAUAAGGAGUGCCGCAAAGUUAAACUGUCCGAUUUUGGGAUGACUCGUCGGGCUGGCACUCCUGUCAAACGGGUGAGUGGCACCAUCCCUUACACUGCCCCAGAGCUCUGCGAUGCCUCCAAACACGAGGGCUUCUCAGUGGAUUACAGCAUUGAUGUCUGGGCUUUUGGGGUCCUACUCUUCUGCAUGCUCACAGGAAACUUCCCCUGGGAGAAAGCUCUCCUGUCAGACUCUUUCUACGAUGAGUUUGUGAGAUGGCAGAAGCGUCGAGGUGCCAGUGUGCCAUCCCAAUGGAGGCGAUUCACUGAUGACGCUCUCCGCAUGUUCCGGAAACUGCUGCCUGUUGAACCCGAGAGGAGGUGCUCUGUCAAGGAGAUCUUCAGAUACCUGAGCUAUCGGUGGAUGCUGGACACAGAUUGUAGCAAUAACAUUGCUGAUGUGAGCUCUUCCUCUGAAGAAGAUCUGGUGGCCAGGAUGAAGCAACAGAGCUUAUCCCCUGUCUGCACCGUUGCCAAGAGUGGCAUUUCUAUGGAAACACCGUCCUCCCGCUUCUCCUCCAUGACAACAUCGAGCUCCCUCUCAUCCAACAGCAGCUAUGAGCGGGCAACAAGGGAGAGCAGCAACACCAGAAUUCUGGUUGCCACGCCAAUUGAAAUCUGCGUUUAGAGCACACAGCGCAGUGUCCCAAGAUGUGGAUGGCUUGAAAUGCGAUGGGAAGCACAUGUUAGAGAGUGACAGUUAUUAUGAAGGGAAUGUUACUUCAGAAGUCAACACUAGCCACCAGCUGGGCUCAAACUCAGGCUUCCAAUGAGGCUCUGUGUCAAACAUGGCCCUUCAGAGCUUUCAACCCAAGCUGAUUCUUAUCCAGUUGUGACUGAGUUGCUUUGUGUCUUUGGGUCAGUCAAGCUGAGAGAUGCCAAGAAGAGCACUUGGUCCAACCCUUACACUUUGAAAGCAAUAUACUCAAUUUGUGUUGAUUCUGUGGGUGAUAACAAGAGAGGUGGCAGCACAACUGUCCAAAUCUCAAUUGGACAUGACUGCAGCAAGGAUCUUUAUGGUUUAGGCUCAGUUCCUGCGCAAGGAUCCUCCUUUAUAUUCUGUGUUAAGAGUAAAAGGCAAGGGCAUUGCCCAGUGAUGAAACCUGUGGUAGCUCCUACUGUUCAAGUGACUUUCUUCUUAAGGGCUGGUUAGUGUAUACCAGGAGAUUGGCUCAGUCAGCACAAGUCUUCACUAUUUACACCAAUCUUUCACUAAUGUGACUGUCACGCUAAUCCAUUCUUUGUUUAAAAAAGAAAUGCUAACAUGAGCGAUUUUUGUCACUUUAGUCUUCGCCCUCCCUGGCACAGCCAGCAUGUUAAGCUGCUAAAUUUCCUAACUUCUCAUUUAAUAAGACUGAAUUUACAAGACCAUGCUGUUAACAUGUGUUAAGCAAGAAAAAACAAUUUGAGGUAAUUGCUCGAAUUUAAGAAGGCAAGAGAUCAAUUAGUUGAGUGGAACAAUCUCGGGCAAAGGCUCUUGUGACAACUUAAAGAUAAUUAUUAUGUUAGUUUAAUUAAAUGAUGAGACUUGAAGGCAUCUAAGCCACUUAAAUCUGCCUAAAUGUCUCUCCAUUUCUUUUGUCGCAGCAUAGUCCAGAUGAGCCAAAGGGCCUGUUUCCUUGUUGUAGUUCCUGUGUUUCUCCUCUGCACCGCUGUACACUUGAAGGGUCAUUACUGCAUUUCCUGUCUUUCUGUGUUUCACUGUGCCUCUAACAGUGAAGCCUGAACAGGACUGGUAAUACAAUGUAGCUGCCUACCAUGCCAUUUAUUCCUUUAUCACUCACGGUAACGGUGGGCUGUAUGUAAUUGGUCAGCCAGCCCAUGGAUUGAUGAGGAGCUAAUCUGGACAGAGAGGCUAGGAAAUGUACAAGGCUUGAGGAGAACAAUGAGAUAAUGAGGGAGAGAAAAGAAGCUGCUGGGUUAUAAGUAAAAGAGUCAGAGAUGGAAACUGCAAUGAAUCUCACUCAAUUCAAUCCAUACCCAUCCCACACAAUGUCCAAAAGUGUUGAAUUAAGCCUUUACGUGGUGAAGACCAGAGAACGGGAGCCCCAUGCGGUCUGCCUUUUAAAAUCCAGGCAUUCUUGCAGAUGUAGUGCUAUUCUUGUGACCUUUUCCUGAUCGGGUUUCUCAUUCUCCUUUUUCUCUCUGAGUAAAUCAGAUUUGGUGCAUGAAUUCUGGAUGAGGACACUGAGCUCAGACAGUUGUCAGUGACACCUGCAGUUAAGAUGUCCUCGUGUAUUGUGGACUGGGAGUCAGGAAGAUCUGGCUUGAUAUAGCACUGAAAGCAUGCAGGAACAGUGGACAGCAUGCAGAUAAUUUUGCAGUGUGGCAGUACAGGGUCCAGUGUUAGUAAAGGGAUCAAAUACUCAAAACACACAACAAGAAGAACCUUGGCCAUAUUACAUGACUCUGUGGACAUUGAGGUUGUUUUUAACUUAACCUAUCUAGUGGGAAAUUGACAGGAUUCCCUGAAGUCAAUUGAAAUAUAUCAAGGAAAGAACAUACAGCAGACGGGUGUUGCAAUCCUAAUAGUAGGUUUGGUUAAAGUGACUGUGCACCACUGUAAUUAUGAUCACUUUCAUUCCCUCAUCCUGUGGGCAGUUAGCAUGGUGCUCUUACAGAUAGUCGGCAGAGCCAGCCAGUAUGUUCCUGUCACCCAGUUCUCUUGCCUUCUGCCAAGCGUGCUGACCAGUGUUGAGUAAUUUUGCAUCCAAUGCAACAAAAGCCUUUCCAGUCAAUUGGAUUAUUGAAUGUUCCCUUUGUCUGCUGGGAAGAAAGCCAGUUAACAAUGCAAAAAAAACAGAACGUGAAAUGGUAAUUGGGGCUAAUUGUAUCUCAGGACACUAGAGCAAGGAUUAGCGAGCAGCGGAGAAACAGACAUGACCAAAUGUGUAGCAACUGUUUGGCAGGGCAUUUGUUCAACUUAGGCCAAUAAACCUUUAGGCAUGGUAACACAUCACUAUCGUUACCAUUGCUCAGUAGUUAUGUUCUUGACUUCUAGACUCAGAAUCCUGUUGCCUGUCAGUAUCUCUCACCUUUUACCCCAGUGAAACCCCACCCCCUAUAGCAAUGUAUAUUUGAGUUUGUGUAUUGAAUAAAUCACAAUCCUAUGUACCUUCACUGUGCUUACUGGAAGUGUUUCUAAUGUUAACAUAUGUGCAAUAUGUACAAUACGGUACCACGUUUAAUGUGUAAUUUUACACUGGAUUGUCAUAUCUAUUUUUUUUAUUGAUCUGAAAAAUGAAAACAUAGGGCUAUGAAACAGAUGUCAUAAAGAGAGCUUUACACUAUCUGAUAUGCUCUGCAUUUGUAUUAAUCCUACAAAGACACCCAGGUGUGAGAUGGGGCUGACGAACAGACCAGUCCAGCAAGGUUAGACUACGUGACUUUGGGAAGAGUGGGACCAGAAUCCACUCUCUGCCUCUCAUUGCUGCUUACCCCAUCGUCAAGACAAUGGCGGAUUUGGCAAUGCCAAGCACCAAUGGACUGCUGCAUAAUCGUUAGCAUGAAAUGUAAAAGGAAUAAUUCUUGAAAGAAAACAUUCACUGAAGACCCAUGGAUGAAAGUUGCGAUAACUUCUUGGCAAAGACUAUAUUUGAACUGAGAAUCGUAGUUGACCGAUGCCAUGCUUUAUGCUAAUAAUUGGCAAUCAAACUAGAUAGCUAGUGUCCAUCAGCCCGCAUUUAGAAAUACACUCAAUUGCUUCUUGUAGACGGCGCAACACUCCCAUUGAACAGCAAGGACCUCCCCCACGUAGACCCAGUCUCCAAGAUGUAGGAGGGGCCAUUGUGCCACCAAACCUGUGUUUGAAUUUCAGUGCAGUGGGUGUAUUUCUGUUCAAGACUCCUUAGAGUUUCAUUCCUCAGUGAAUGGUAUGUGGUUUUAACUGUCUGUGGUUUUGUGACAGCAAUGCGUCCUUUUAGAAUCCAGAGUUUUAGCUCUAAGCUAAAAUGCUCCCCGAGCUCUUCGAGCUGUAUGAUCGAUUCAAUGGUUGCAAUACAAUUUGUCUUCCUGUAAGACUUUCUUUAUAAUUUGAUUAAAAUGACCUAAAAAUAACUCCCCUAGUCGAGUCCCUUUGUUAGAAUGAAGGAACAGAGAUGCACACUACACGACAGAGUCUGGAGAAAGCGCAGUGCAUGGAAAAUGUAUGGAGAGAGCAUGGAAUGUGAUACAUGAAUGGGGAAAGUUUGAUAUAUGUCACAAAUCUGGAGAAUUCUCAGUGUACAGUAUAGAUCAGGAGCAAGCACGACAUGCUUAUAGGUAGAAAGCACAAGAUAGAAAUAAGAAGAGGAAAAAGCAGAUGAUAGUAAUAGGGAGAGAGCACUUUAUGUGACAGAAACAGGGACAGCAUACAACCAAAAAUAAACAGAUUGUGUACAACACUGGUAGAAUAUGGAGAGGCCAUGAUAUUGAUGGAAAUGCAGAGAGAACAAUACGAUAGAAAUUGGGAGAGAGCAUGGUAUAUGACAGAUUGCAAGACAUCAACAGAAAUGAAGAAAGGAAUAUGUUGCUUGAAGGAUCAAUCUUCACGGGGAAUAUUGAAGAAUGACAAUAAUAUGACUCUGUAGUUAAAA